AUGUCUCGCCAAUCCACUGUAAGGUUCCAGAGCGGAAAACAGGGCUUCAGUGCCUCUUCUGCCAUCAUCCCAAACAGCUGCCGCACCAGCUACAGCUCCUGUUCUGUAGCCCGGGCCGGAGGUUGCGGCGCUGGCGCUGGCACUGGCGCUGGCAGGGUUGUUGGCGGUGGCAGUUGCUUUGGUAGCAGAAGCCUCUACAACCUAGGCGGAUCUAAAAGAAUCUCCAUGGCUGGAAGCAGCGGUGGCUUUCUGUGUGGCGCUCCAGGCCCAGCUGGUUUUGCUGGUGGCGCUGGCUACGGAUUCGGUUUCGGUGGCGGAGCAGGCGGCGGCUAUGGGUUAGCUGGCGCUGGGUUUGGUGGGGGAAGAGUUGGCCUUGGGUUCCCUGUUUGUCCACCUGGUGGGAUCCAAGAAGUGACCAUCAACCAGAGCCUUCUAACACCUCUCAACUUGGAAAUCGACCCCACCAUCCAGAGGGUGCGUAAAGAGGAGAAGGAGCAAAUCAAGACCCUCAACAACCAAUUCGCCUCCUUCAUUGACAAGGUCCGAUUCCUCGAGCAGCAAAAUAGGGUGCUGGAAACCAAAUGGAGCCUGCUGCAGGAACAGGGUCAAAAAACCGUGAAAAACAACAUUGAGCCCCUCUUUGAAAAUUACAUCGGUAAUCUCAGGAGGCAGCUGAACAACCUGCUGAAUGAGAGAGGAAGACUUGAAGGGGAGCUGAACAACAUGCAAAACGUGGUGGAGGAUUUCAAGAACAGGUACGAAGAUGAAAUCAACAAGCGCACAACUGCUGAGAAUGACUUUGUGACGCUCAAGAAGGAUGUGGAUGGUGCCUACAUGAACAAGGUGGAGCUGGUUGCCAAGGUGGACUCCCUGACUGAUGAGAUCAAUUUCCUGAGAGCCGUGUACGAAGAGGAACUGGCUCAGAUGCAGACGCAAAUCUCCAACACCUCCGUCGUUCUGUCUAUGGACAACAACCGAGACCUGGACCUGGACGGCAUCAUUGCUGAAGUCAAAGCGCAGUACGAGGAGAUCGCUAACAGGAGCCGAGCUGAGGCUGAAUCUUGGUACCAAACUAAGUAUGAAGAGCUGCAGGUUACCGCUGGCAGACACGGGGAUGACCUCCGCAACACCAAGCAUGAGAUCUCAGAGCUGACCCGAAUCGUCCAGAGACUGCGGAAUGAAAUUGACAAUGUGAAAAGACAGUGCGCCAACCUGCAAGCAGCCAUUGCUGAGGCUGAGGAACGCGGUGAACUGGCCCUCAAGGAUGCCCAGGGCAAACUGGCUGAGCUGGAGGAUGCCCUGCAGAAGGCCAAGGGAGAUUUGGCGCGUCAGCUGCGGGAGUACCAGGAGCUGAUGAACGUCAAGCUGGCGCUGGAUAUCGAAAUCGCCACCUACAGGAAGCUGCUGGAAGGAGAGGAGAGCAGGCUGUGUGGAGAUGGUGUAGGCGCAGUGAAUAUUUCUGUGGUCACCUCAACUGUUGGAGGUGGGUAUGGAAGCAGAAGCGGUCUCGGCAUGGGAGGUGGAAGCGGUGUCUGCAUUGGAGGUGGAAGCGGUCUCGGCAUGGGAGGUGGAAGCGGUGUCUGCGUUGGAGGUGGAAGCAGUCUUGGCCUGGGAGGUGGGCUCAGUGUUGGAGGAAGCAGCUUCAGCUCUGGAAGCGGAAGAGGCAUCGGCGGGUUGAGCCUCGGAGGCGGAAGUGGCUCUAGCAUGAAAUUCGUCUCAACUACCUGUUCCACCAAAAGAAGCUAG